CUCACAAGAUAUCAUAAUGAAUUGAGAAGGUAUAAAAACUUUCGCAAUUAAUUCAAAGACAUCAAAAACAGUCAAGCACUCAAUCUAAUACCAUCGUAGCCAAAGCAAACAUCCAUUCAGUGGCAUCAUGAAAUUCUUUUAUACUUGUAUUGCUAUCCUCCUUAUUGGCACCGUUCUAUGCACACCUGAGAUUCCAGAAGCCGAAGGUGAGACCAAGAUGACUGAGAAACGUGGAGUCUAUGGAUUCGGAUACGGUGGGUAUGGAGGCCCAGCUUAUCAUGGUGGUUAUGGAUAUGGACACGGACAUGGAUAUGGUCAUGGAUAUGGUCAUGGAUAUGGUCACGGAUAUGGAUAUGGACACCACUACCAUGGGCCAUCAUACUAUGGUCACGGAUAUGGGGGCUAUCCACAUGGAUUCGGAGGAUAUCAUCACUACCAUUAGAAUUGAAUUAGAAUAGUAGCAUAUAAUAUUAGUUUUACAUUUGUACAGUUAAAAUGAUAUUUUUAUUUUUCAAAUAGAUUGUUUUAGAAGUUUUCUUAAAAUUAUUGU